UCGGGUUCGGAAUUCAGUGUUAUUUAUAAACAAAAAUGGAUUGCAGGCAGAGAGAGUUUCUCGAUUUGCCAAAUGAAAUUAUUGAUCAUGUACUGCAGGGAAGAGAAAUAUCAUUUAGAGACGUAUGUAAUAUAUCCCAAACAUGCACAAAAAUGCGGAAUUUAUGUUUGUCAAAUGAAUUAUGGAGAAGAAAACUCCAUCAGAGAUGGCCAAAGCUUUUACUUAGAUAUACUCGGGAGAAAGCACAUGAUUGGCGGAGAGAGUUUGGAACAUACAUUGUGGUGGGUCGUGCUGUGAGAGGACUUGUUAGUCAGUUGUCUCCAAGAUUUUACAAAAUGGAGGAAAUUCCUGAUGAUGGGUUUGCAGAUGUUGUAUCACUGAUGGAGGAGCAUGAUGCGGCUGAAGUCAUCAUUAAUGAGCUGAAUGAAAUCAUUCAUGAUAAUGAAAGUUAUAGAAAUCUGACAAACAAAUACUAUGCAGUGAAGUUACUACGUCACAUUUUUCACCUUCAUUUGACUGAGAAAUGGAAGGCUCAUUUGCAAGAGCCAGCAGAUGAACAGAAGCUUGAGACAGGUGCUACUUUGUUGGGUCAGUGGUUCCAACCAACAGAAGAUGUGACUGAGAAUGCUGUGAUAGACCGCUUGGAUGAAAUCGCAGAAAGGGUGAAACAAAAUCUGCCAGAAAAACUAGCGUCAAAGUAUUCUGAAGGAGUGCCAAAUUUAAGUACAGAGCAUCAAAGAGUAGUUUUAGAAAUCAUGAACCAUGUGAUGUACACAGAAUUGGGUUUCCAGGGAAAUGCAGAAAACUAUUACGAUGAAAACAACUCCUACAUUAACAAGGUUUUGGACCGUAAGCUUGGUAUUCCCAUUAGUCUGUCAGUAUUGUACCUGUCUGUUGCCAGACGACUGGGCGUGGUGUGUGAAUGUGUCAAUUUCCCAUCUCACUUCCUGCUAAAGUGGAAGGAACACCCGAUGUCAAUGAAGCAGUAUACUUAUAUUGAUGCUUUUCAUGGGAAAUUUAUCACAGACAUAGGAGGUGACCACUCUAUGUUUACAGAUGCCAUACCACAUAUUGAAGUUUACAAGCGAAUGCUGCGUAACUUGAUAAAUAUCGCCCGUAAUCACCACCACAUGAGGAGCACCACCACGUUUCUUAGGGACGCUGUGGAGCUGAUGUUGGUGACCACUCCGGAUGACAUAGACUACCAGUUCCUUCUUGUCAAGAUUUACAUGUACCUCAGGAUCAACCAACAGCAGGUCAAAGCCAUACUACAAGAGAUAGGGGACGGUAACCAGCACAGACUCUCUCAGGUGGCCCUGUUGAUGGCAGAGGUUGAGAAGACCACUUUGGACAAUGAAGAACUGGUAACAAAAAAGAUAAAACCAAAACAUAGAGCAGAAAAUAAAGAAGUUCGAUUUUCUGUGGGAAUGGUGAUGAGACACAAAAGGUAUAACUACUUAUGCACUAUUUUUGGCUGGGAUUCCACUUGUCAGGCGUCUCGGGAAUGGAUACUCCAAAUGGGAGUUCACAUGCUCCCCCGCAAAGACAAGCAGCCAUUCUACAAUGUGCUGGUGGAAGAUGGGAGCAUCAGAUAUGCUGCAGAUGAAAAUCUUUCCCACCCUGAUGAUUACUGUGAAAUCCCACACCCUGAUGUGGGGAAGUAUUUCCAGGAGUUCACCGGUCAGUACUAUGUCAUGAACAGUGAGAAGGCUCAGGAGUAUCCAGAUGAUGAUCAGGAGACUCGGACUGUGGUGGAAGGGAGAAGUCAUUGAUCAACAUCUUAUUUAAGGGAGAAGUCACUGAGCAACUUUGCUUGCAUCAAGGGAGAUAACAGCAUUGAUCGGACUAUGGGAGAAAGUCAUCCUGUAUCUUUAUUGCAUGGCUGUGCCAGUUCAAGAGGCUUUUCAUAUGACAUAAUGUCCAUGAGUGCAUUAUUUAUCUAAAACAGAUAUUGGUGUAAAUAUGUCUGUUCAAAGAAUAAUCUUGGCAGUGCUGACAAUAUAUAAUCACAAAAAAUCAGAAUGGCUGCGAGAUGAAACAUAGAUUUUUGCUAAUUAUGCUGGCAUCAUGGAAUGUGAAAGUUGCAAUAACAUGCCAAAAUGGGAUGUUACUCCUCUGAGGGUUCUGUAAUCGAUUUAACGUUAAAAUCAUAAUAAAGAAUACUUGUAACAACUAAACUGCAGUCUAAAUACUGUAUACAGGAAAAUAUUCAACAUUGUUUUAUUUUCUCCCUUGUUUUAUUUUCGUCCUUGUUUUAUUUUCGUCCUUAAUUUAUUUUCAUCUUUGUUGUCUGUGGAUGAAUUUAAGACUCCAUGAAUUGUAAUGAGACUAAUAGACUCCUUCGUUAGUAUGGUAUGAAAUUUGGAAAUUCCACGGAGGGAAGAUUACAUGAAGGAUUAUUUUUCUCACAUUUUACCCACAGUUUAGUGCACUAAUUCAAGGGCUUCGAGAAAAUUCAAAAUUAUCAAGAUCCUCAUUUCAACUUCAUUGCAAAAACUAAUUAGACAGAUAGAAAUAGCAUACCCGAAAAUGGUUUACACUUUAAGUGUAAACUAAAAACAACCCAAGGCUGUCCACCAGAAAAGUUAUAUCAGAAUGAAAUUUAAAGAAAGCAAUACAAAUUAUUUUACUUCAUCAUGUAACGUAAAUCAUAGAAAAUAUAUGACAUCACAAUUAAAUGACACAGCAGUGCAAGACAGAAAAAUCUCACAUGGCUGCAUGUCUCAUAUGGGUAAAGUCGAUCUCACACUGGUGAUAAUGUGAGAAUAUUUUUUUACAUUUAAUUUAGUGCCUUAAUUCAUGAGCUUUUAGAAAAUUCAAAAUUCUCAUCUGAAUUUAAAUACAUAAACUAUAAAAAAUUGUUUUAGCACACUAGAACUAAUGUCUCCCCAUCUGUUUUCCAGGGGCCUCCGUGGCCGAGUGGUUAGAGCAUCGCGCUCAAAAUCACACGGCCUCUCACCUCUGUCGGCGCGGGUUCGAAUCCCGCUCGCACCUGCAAGUGAGAAAGUUUCCCAGUUUACUUUCGGAAGGUCAAAGGUCUCUUUCCAGGUACAUUGUAUCUGGGUUCUCUCUUCCACCAAUAAAAACUGGGCACCACCAGAUAACUGAAAAAUUGUUGAGUGUGGUGGAAAACAUCAAUCAAUCAAUCUAUUUUCCAUAGUUUUUUAAAAAAAAACAUUUUUAGGUAUGUCAAAAAACAAAAAAAGUCAUGGCCCAAACUUUGUAUGAGAAGCAGAAAAAGAAUUCACACUAAAACAAUAUUUCCCCCUUCUGGGAAGGGGAGACAUAACUAAUUGGACAGUCAGAAAGAGCAGACCGAAAAUAGUUUGUACUUUGUAUAACUAAUAAACACAAGACUGUCCCCCAGAAAGCUACAUGUGUUUCAAAUAUGACGAAAACAAUACAAAUUUCCUUCUUUUUAUCAUAUAACUUGAAUCACAGAAAAUAUAUGAUGUCAUUAUCAAUGACCUUGUAGCAAUGUAGGACAGAGAAAUCUUGCAUCUUGGGUAAUGCCAGUCUCACAUGGGUGAUUAUGAAGAAAGAGUUUUUUCUUUUAAUCAAAACUGUGUUUUAGCAACAGGGCAAACCUAUUUGAAGGUGCAGAGGGGUGUGUGUUUGUAAAUAACCUUGUAUACAGUAUAUAGAAUUCAUUCCAAUCAGAUCCAAACACAAAAUUUUAAAAAGGGUGUCUGAACUAUACUUAAAUACACUUGUCCUAAAAUGCUGUAAUUAUUUAUACAACUGUGAUAGGACACUCCAUUUUAUUUUUGUGAAAUGGAAUUACAUGGCUGCUUUCUCAAACUAUAGAUAUUGCAUGGAAUAUUACAGCAAAGGGAGUUACUAAACAAUUUUACAGGUUCUUUUAUAGAUGAUCAGAAUUUUGUACGUUUUAUGAAUGAUCAGAAUUGCGUACGUAAAAGAAUCUGUGCAUAGUGAAUGUUUGAUUCACCUAUCAGAGAUUACUGUAGAUCCUGUAUUUAUUUUGUCUCAUGGUUUUGCAAACUCAUGAAAAUUUUGUUCACAGGAUAUUACUUGUAUAUAAAUUGUACGGAUAUUGUCAUAUAAUAUUCAGUCCUAGAUCUGAAGUUCUUUGCAGAAAUUUCUUCUAGCAUAUAAAACAUCAAUACCAAUGAUGCAAAUUUACAUCUAGUCUCUUUAAUGAGAAAAUUCUCAUACAUUCUGAACCUAAAAUUAAUAAUUUUUCACAAAGAAUAUAAGCAGUGAUGUUUUUGUGGGGAUUUAACAAACAGAGUAAAUCAACUCCAUGUUUUAUAGACUCUAUAUAUAUUUAUGAUGCAACUGUAUUGUACAAUGUACAUUCUAAUUCAAGAGUCAGUCUGCCUUCCUUGGAACAAAGCAAUACAUUGAUUUGUACACCUGGUUUGUUUCUUGGUAUGUCUGAUCAUAUGGUUUUGAGAUAUUCAUGAUUGUUAUAGGAAUAAAAGUAUAUCAAAGA